AUGUCCGCUCCCAACGCCGGCCGUCAGUCCCCCGAGCCUGAGCAGCAGGACGCCAAGCAGCAAUCCGCCCCCACCUCCAGCAACCCCAACCAGCAGGGCGCCGAGCCUGAGCAGGGCUCCCAGCAGGCCUCCAAGGACCAGUUGGCCAACCUCAAGAGCAACCCCACCGGUCCCCUCGACCAGGCCGCCAAGGACAAGACUUCUAAGACAACCUAG